GAUGUUUGAAAACUAAAAAUUAUUUAAUUGGAAUUUAUUUAGGGAUUUUUUUUACAAUGGCUAUUAUAUAAUGCAUAGCUACGUUCUCUGAGCUUAGCGAUCAAUCCUGAUUCCUUAUAAAAAUUCGUUUUAGUGUUUCCGGCAGCAAACUACUUAGAUAACUACUGCGCUAGCAAGUGGAUGAACGCUAGCACGACGAUGAACUUUCGAAUUUCGGGACAGAGGAAGGAAUAAAGGAUGGCGCGAUUUUCCCAGGAGUAUAAAUCGAAUGGAGAUGCAAGCUACGACGACGAAGGAAGACGGAUGGCUAGACGGAUAGAUCGACAUCGAAAGCCCGAAAGAAGGGGGGAGAGGAAGAGAAUGGCGAGAGACGGCGAUGAAGGCGCAGACUAUGGCACCGAAGUCAGGGGUUGAUGUUUUAAGCGAUCAAGGAAAUGAACUUCCUCGAAGGCCUGUCGCGACGGUUGUGGCCGCAAAAGUACGAGCACCUGACCGGGCAAUUUUUCAGCCAGGUGCUGGCGGAGGAAUGCAGAAAAGCGGGACUUCCGGCGAACACUUUCGAGCGUGACCCGCCGGAAGACGCGGCCGAACAUUCGCCGAUCCCUUUGAAAGCUUCACCAACCUUCCCUAGGACGACAUCCGCCCAGAUCGGCCAUCGUUCAUCUCGCACAGAAUACAGCCUGGAAUUCGUGGGCCGUCUCUAUAUCUCGCCAAGAUGGACGAUCGAUCCUCCCGUGGAAACCGCAGAAUUGCGCGCGACGCAACAAAAAUUUAUUUUUCUAGGUUGAAAGAAAUCUUGAUCAUCCACACGGAAAGAACGGUUGUGCUGAAGUAUUUAAGAAUUUAACUAGAUAUACAGAUUUGAAAAUAAUUUUGUUGGACCAUCAAAAUAAUUAUGUAGAACACUCAAAUUGAUUGCUUAAAAUGUCAACAAUUUUUUACAGCGUUAUCAUCAUACUUCAGUGACCUACUAUAAUUAUUUUGAUGGUGCAACAAAAUUAUUUUCAGAUCCGCAUCUAGCUAAAUUUUUAUAGAUAGUAUCUUUAUCAAAACCGUUCUUUCCGUGCAUAAAUGGCGUAUCAAUAUACAUUUGAAAUUGUGUAUGGUUUUUUGUAUAGUUUUUUUAACGAGCAAGUAAGAGGAUAGAAAAAUAAUCUGCGUUAUUAUAAUUUAUUAUUCUAAUAAUAUGUAGUAAUAUUUCAACACGCUUUCUGUGGUGGCGAUAUUCACUGAUGCCAAUAUAAUACUGAAAAUCUAUAAUAUAGUGUACGUGACGUAAACUAUAGAUUUUCAGUACUGGCAGUGAAUAUCGGAACGCAGCCAAUAUUUCAAACAGAUAUCCUUACAUUUUCUAUCUUUUCGUGUUAAAUAUUAUUAGCAAAAAUAGCUUUUGCGCGAAACUAUUCUGAGAUUGUAUUAAAAUAGUUUAAGAUAAAUCAAUUAUAUCAUCAACUUAAUUAUAUCAUUGAUUUAAUUGUACCAUUAUAAGUGCUAAAACCCGUUGACCUUGCGUGAAUUUUCAUAGUCAUCAAGUGACCAAGACUAAUUGAAGAAUAUUGACAUUAACGACAGUUUUUAGUUCAUAAAAAUUUCAUAGAAAUAUAUAAAUAUAGUAUUCCGUAGAUGUAUACAUUUACGGAAUUAUAAAACAUUAAAAUUAUAAAUAUUAAAAUUAGUACCUGCUACCAUAUAGAUUAAAUCUAAAACAGACUAUCCGAAUUUACGUAUGAUUAAUGUAUAAAAACUGUUGACAAUAUCAAGCGUACAUGGAAAAAAAAGAUUAGCUACUGUAGCAA